CGUCGAGAUUCUCUAUUGGUGCCGCGAAAAUUACAAUCUUGGAUUUGUUUCAACAGCUGCGUCCGCCUUGUUUCUCGCGAAACCUGGCCACGAAACAGCGCCUGGUUGAUUAAACGAAGUCAAAUAUCUGCUUCAAAUCUCCAGAUCAGGGGUUGACACCACAGCGAUGCCCACCACGACCGUUGCUCCAUCCGACUGCUUCUAUGACUCUCUGGCCGAAGAUGUGGAGGAACUGCUGGGCAGGUUCCAGCAAACCGAGUCCAUCAGGUUCAAAGACUUCUCUGCCAUCUGGCGGGAGAUGAGCUUCUCUGACGUCUUCAUCGGACUCAACAGCAUGUCCGAGGCCAAGAGGUUCUCCAUGGUGGCCAUGGCCACGUCCUUGAAGUACUUCCUGCCGCCGUACAGCUUCCAGAUCCGGGUGGGAGCUCUGUACCUGAUGUUUGGCUUCCACAAGACGCAGCAGGCCUCGCCGCCUGUCCCGGUCAGGCUGCCGUUGAAGGACAUGGCUGCAGUUGAGAAGUUCAUAGAGGACUCUGAGGUUGCCGGGCACCAUGAUGUGGUCUACAUCUAUCACAAGCUGCUGUCGGAAAAGGCCUUGAGUUUCACCGCCAUGCCGGAGCUGCUGGACUACACCAGGUCGAGGAAGCCCAAGAAGGCUGUGUGUGAAGAGCUGAUAGGUCGCACCACGGCAGUGCAGGAGCUGCUGUCGUCCGAGCGGCUGGAGGAGCUCAACAACAUCCAGGCUCACUAUGAAACCAUGAAGAAGAACACGGCGGAGGUGAGCCAACAGGCUGCCGUGACACACCGCGACUUUGCCGACCAGCUGCACGGCUGCUUGUUAGACUUUGCCGACUGGCAGCUCAAGACUUUCUCGAAACCAAUGAAAAGCGAAGCGGCGGAGUCGCCCAGCUGCAGCCGGGCCAAGCUGCUGUCCUCCAUCAAGCACAAGAGCUACACCAACUGCCCCGACACGGACAAGUCCAGGAGACACCGCAAGGUGGAGAUGGCCGACUCCAGCUGGGAUCAGGUGGCCAAACCCAGGAGGAAGAGGCCGCCGUCCCUGCAGUCACGCACCCGGCUGGUUCUGGACGUGAAGCCGGAGAAGCACCACAAACAGACGUGGCUCCUGUGUGCUCCAGAUGAAGAGCUGGAGAAAACCCGAGGCGUUAGGAACGCACGACGAUCCCAGCAGCAGAUGCACUAGU